AUGAACGCGGCUUGGGUGGUGCACGUGUACCAGCACCCCGAGGCGUGUCUGCCGUACCUACUCCUCCACAGCGCCGCCUACGGCCGGUACCUCGCCGCCACGAACGUGCAGGCGCCGCAGGGCCACCACAGGCACCGCGUCGAGCAGCGGGGCUGCGACCAUCCGGAGGUGGAUCUAAUCCCUUGGCGGGCCAUCCGGACGGAAUCCGGAGACGAAGUCUACCUCGACCACUUCCACGGCGGCUGCCUCCGCGCCAACUGGAACACCGGCGUCAGCGUCAGCGUCGACGACCCCGACAACCCCAGCCCGACGACGCGCUGGGUUGUGGAGCCCAUCCCCGCCACGCGGAGCAUGCCUCGCCUUCCACUUCCACGUCCGAUUGGGCUGCACGACGAGUUGCUGUUGCGGGAAAUCACGUACGUGUGGCCGAACGUCGAGGGGGCCCUCGUCAACCACGACGUGUUCUGCUUCAUGGGGAGGUCCGUGUUCCGGCUGAGGCACGAGCUGGCCCGGCGGCGGCUGGUGGACGUCUCUCAGCUCGCCAUGUGCCUCCCCACACGUUAUGGCCGUUUUUUCCCACUCGUCGUCGACCUGCCCCGCAACCAGGAGGCCCUCAUCGUCGUCGUCGACGUCGCGGGGACGCCUGGCCACGCGGCACUGCGGUACGCGGAUGUCGAUGCAUGGUAGAGAGAGACCCGUAGAAGCCGCCUUCCUGUCCACCUCUUCAGAGUAUCGCCGCCUCAGUUCUAACUUGUAAGGCAUGGGUUCAGGAAAACCUAGCAGUUGUAGUGUUUGUGCUAGCUAAACUUGGUCGGUUCUGUUCCCCUGACAGAACAUGUUGGUGUUGGCAUUACGGUUCUCAAAUUCAGAAACUGUUUGAACAAUGAGGCUCUGUAAUGGUUGCUCCCUUGUUCGUUGACAGCACUGAAUACUGAUGUGGUGGUUCUUGCAGCGAGUUGGGCCACUUGAGUUUACAGUU